AUGAACAGGAAAGACAGCAAGAGGAAGUCCCACCAGGAAUGCUUGGGGGUGACAGCGGCGCGGGGCCGGCCCCGCCAGGCCCGCCGCCACAAGACGUGCCCCAGCCCUGGGGAAAUCAGCAAGGUCAUGGCUUCCAUGGCUCUGGGUGUGCUGAGUGACGGCGGCUGCAGCGAGGAUGAGCUGCUGGAGAAGUGCAUCCAGUCCUUCGACUCCACCGGUAGCCUGCGCCGUGGGGACCACAUUCUCAAUAUGGUGCUGGCCAUGCAUAGCUGGGUGCUGCCUUCUGCCCACCUGGCUGCCCGUCUGCUGACCUUAUAUCCUCCCAGGUACCAGGAGGCCACAGGGAACACGCAGGAGCUGAGGCGGCUGCAGAUCUGUCACCUGGUCAGAUACUGGCUGACUCAGCACCCUAAGGCUGUGCACCAAGAGCCCCAACUAGAAGAGGCUAUAGGUCGCUUCUGGACCACUGUGGAUCAGGAGGGAGGCUCAGCCCAGAGGAGCCUGAGAGGGUCUGCCAAUCUCCUGAGCCCCGGUGGCCCUGGUCCUCCACCCCCCAUGAGCAGCCCAGGCCUGGGCAAAAAGCGCAAAGUGUCCUUGCUUUUCGACCACCUGGAGACGGUGGAGCUGGCUCAGCAUCUCACUUACCUGGAGUUCCGGUCUUUCCAGGCUAUCACGCCCCAGGACCUGCGGAGCUACGUUUUGCAGGGCUCCGUGCGGGGCUGCCCGGCUCUGGAGGGUUCUGUAGGCCUCAGCAACAGUGUGUCCCGCUGGGUGCAAGUCAUGGUACUAAGCCGGCCCGGGCCUGCGCAGCGCGCGCAGGUGCUGGACAAGUUCAUCCACGUGGCACAGAAGCUUCACCAGCUGCAGAAUUUCAACACGCUGAUGGCGGUCACUGGGGGCCUGUGUCAUAGUGCCAUCUCCAGACUCAAGGACUCCCACGCCCACCUGAGCCCAGACAGCACCAAGAUCCUACUGGAGCUGACAGAGCUCCUUGCCGCCCACAACAACUACGCCCGCUACCGCCGCACGUGGGCCAGCUGCACAGGCUUCCGGCUGCCUGUACUGGGCGUGCACCUCAAGGACCUGGUGUCCCUGCACGAGGCCCAUCCCGACAGGCUGCCCGAUGGCCGCCUGCACCUGCCCAAACUCAACAGCCUCUACCUGCGGCUGCAGGAGCUGGCAGCCCUCCAGGAGCAGCAGCCGCCCUGCAGCGCCAACGAGGACCUGCUGCACCUGCUCACGCUUUCCCUGGAUCUCUUCUACACGGAGGAUGAGAUCUACGACCUCUCUUACGCCCGGGAGCCCCGCUGUCCCAAGAGUCUGCCACCCUCCCCGUUCAAAGCACCCCUGGUGGUGGAGUGGGCCCCUGGUGUGACGCCCAAGCCUGACAGGGUCACCUUGGGCCGGCAUGUGGAGCAGCUGGUGGAGUCUGUGUUCAAGAACUAUGACCCUGAAGGCCGAGGAACCAUCUCCCAGGAGGACUUUGAGCGACUCUCAGGCAACUUUCCCUUCGCCUGUCAUGGGCUGCACCCACCCCCCAGCCAGGGGCAUGGCUCUUUCAGCCGAGAGGAGCUGACAGGCUACCUACUUCGAGCCAGUGCCAUCUGCUCCAAGCUGGGCCUGGCCUUCCUGCAUACCUUCCAUGAGGUCACCUUCCGCAAGCCCGCCUUCUGUAACAGCUGCAGCGGCUUUCUCUGGGGUGUAACCAAGCAAGGCUACCGCUGUCGGGACUGUGGGCUGUGCUGUCACAAACACUGCAAAGACCGAGUGAACAUGGAGUGUAAGAAGAGGCCCGGGGCCAAGGGCGACACAGGCCCCCCCGGAGCCCCUGCCCUGUCCAGGCCUGCUCCCCAUGCCAGCCCUGGGUCUGAGGAAAAUCUCCCUGAGGUGCUAUCCCUGGACUCGGAAGCUGAGCCCCACCUUUGCCAUGCUUGGACCCAGACGGAGCCCCCACCCCCUUCCUGGGACCAGGAGAUGGAAGGACAAGAUGGGAUGCUGAAGAGCACAGGACUCUGCAAGUCAGAAAAGCAGGAACAGACUCAAGGGACAGAGACCCCCUACUCCUCCCCAAACUUGAAUGCCCCUGACCUGGCCCCCACAGAGAGAAGUCCUACAAGUGUCAUAAAUUAA